AUGGAGAAAUUAGUAUCAGCAGAGUUUUUGAGAAGAACAAUGUUGACUCAGUGGUUUAAGUGUAAUGCGAUUUUCCCUAAAGCUAGAACGCUCACUUAUCCGCAAUUUCCCUCUAGAUGGUUAUGGGAUCAAAGAGACAGGAAAUGGCAUAAACGGAAGCAAAAGUUUGGUAAAAUAGGCAGGCUCCAUUAUGUACACCCAUCGGCUGGUGAGCGGUACUACCUUCGCAUGUUUCUUCUAAUAGUGAAAGGUGCCACCAGCUAUGAAAACCUUAGAUUUCAUAAUGGAACAUAUCAUCACACUUUCAAAGAGGCAUGCCGAUCAUAUGGUCUCCUUGGUGAUGACCAAGAGUGGUAUAAUGCCUUUGAUGAGUCGGCUGCUUGGGCUACUUCGGCACAGCUACGAAGCUUGUUCGUUACCAUGAUCCUGUUCUGUGAGGUAGAGAUGGUCGGUGAUCCAAACUAUGCAGUACCUGAUUCACGAACUAGAGAUUUUCUUCUCGAUGAGCUAGCCAUUUUAUUCUCGCAGAGUGGUAAGAACAUAGUUGACUACAAUCUGCCUCCAAAGACCCAAUCUGAAUAUCCUAUUCUACACAAUCGUCUGGUUGAAGAGGAACUAUCACAUCCCUCGGAUCCAUCCAUUGAUCUGAAUAAUCCAACUAUUUCUCUCAACGAAGAUCAGGCAAAUGCUUUCAACACAAUAGUCCAGAGAGUUGAACAAAACCAGCCUGGAUUCUUCUUUGUUUCAGGAUACAAAGGCACCGGUAAAACAUACUUAUGGAAUAGAAUGGUUGGAUAUCUUAGAGCAAAGAAUAAGAUUGUACUGACCGUGGCUUCCUCGGGUGUAGCGGCGCUGCUGCUCCAAGGAGGUCGUACAGCUCACUCAAGGUUCAAAAUUCCUUGUGAGGAGGUGGCAGCAUUUAGUAGGUGGAUAUUGGACAUCGGUGAAGGCAAAAUACCAUGCACGGCUAGAGACGGAGACGACGAACCAAGCUGGAUUACAGUACCACAGCAACUGCUUAUCACUCCUGAUGAGGACAGACUUGUAGCUAUUGUCCACUCAGUUUAUCCUAACUUUCAUGCCAGAUACAAAGACCCUGUAUACUUAUCACAGAGAGCUAUACUAGCUCCAACAAAUGAACUGACAGAUACUGUUAAUGAUUACAUGAUCCCCUUAGUCCCUGGUACAGAGAAGGAAUGCCUAAGCUCAGAUACUAUUGACAAAUCCACCGCUCAACAAGAAGCAUAUGACCUCUUAUACCCAAUUGAGUUCUUAAACUCAAUCAGUGAUGUCAUUGGUUACCUCGUCAAGUAUGAAGCAACGCAUACUUUUGUGCCAAAGAACCAAGAAAAGGCAAAAACGCUCAGAGAGAUCUAUAUCAAGGAUCUAAGAGACAAUAUGAUGAAGAUUACCCUAUGGAGCGAGCAUGCUAGAGCUUUCAACAUUAGCAAUAUAUACGACAGUGAGGCUGGUAAUGUUAUUGUUUGCCUUGUUGUUGGAUGCGUACCACGAGAGGAUAUUAAAAAUAAUGAUAAACCAUGCCUAACAGGAAGUUCAGCCUGCUGCUACUACUUGAACCCUAACAUUCCAGAGGCACGUCCUUUCUACUCUAGAUUCAAAAACACCCCGGUGUACAUCGAUCGACCAACAGAUGAAGAGACUCACUCUCCAGCUGAAGACAUUGAGCUUCUAGAGAAAACUAUAGAUGCACUCAACCAGGUUGACCCUUUUGAUGAAGAGGGGCCCUUCAAGUGCACGGUAACAGUUGUCUCCAUUAUAAUCUCAACCAGCUGGUGGUACAUGUCUUGCAAACUGUGUAAAAAAAAGGCUGAACAGCAGCCAGAUGGAAGCUAUAAAUGUCAAAAAUGUCAAGGCACAGCUACGGUUCCUAGGUACCUAAUAUCGUUCACAGGAAGAGAUGAAACAGGUGAAGCUAGAUUCUUUGCUUAUGAUGACGAAGCCUACAAAAUGAUUCAGAGAGACUGUGAAUCAGUGAUGAACCCAUUAGCUCCACGAGAUGCCUUGCCUCAGCCAUUACAGAAGAUCAUUAACAGCACAUUCCUGCUCUCUGUUGAUCUUACUAAUGAUUCAUGCAAGAGCACAAAAUACAAACAAUACCAGGUCAAGGCUGUUUUAGCAAGACCACCAAAACAGUCUGAAACAGACAUUAUUUCCAUGUCUCAGUAUGAAGAAAAGAAGCCAACAAAUGCCUCUACAGAUACUGAUAGUCCACAACAUCCAAGUGAGGUGCUUCUGAUUGAGUCAGGAACACAACAGACUCCAGUACCAGCUCUUGACACUGAUAAAGAGACCUGUAAAGAUGAUGAUACCAGAUCGUCGGCAGUUCAUCCCGGUGCUCAGAGGAACCUAUUCGGCCACCCAGAUUCGACGAACAAGAACGAUGAAGAAGACCAAACCAUCAACGACCUUAAGAGACUUGCUGCACAGGAUGCUUCAUCGUCGAAGACAAAAUCCAAGAAGUAUGCUACAAACACUAAUAUGCUUCACAUAUUUAUAGACCCAUACCACUUCUCUUCGUUUACUGACUCUUAA